CAGCGGCAAGAGUCUCAACCCGACCAUGGGCUCUGGCACUUAGGUAGCCCGGCGCAUAAAGUGCGAUCUAGCGCUGCAGAGCAGAGAGAGAGAGGGAGAGCGCGAGCGCGUUAGCCAGCCAGAGACCGAGUGAGGGAAGAGACAGAGGCAGGGAGAGGAAAUAGGGGGCUGUCUCGGGGACCUUUCUUCGAGCGGCAACUUUCACAGCCAAUGCAGCCUCUGGUACUAUGGAAACUAAACCCCUGACCAAUGGAAAUAAUGGAGGCUACAAUGUGGCAGGUCACUGAGGGGCAUGAGAGCCUUGUCGGAGGCCAGCGCCGUUGCUUGCCGGACCCAGUGCUGGUGACGAGGACAUGGGCCUCUUCCUCAGGGCUUCCAGCACCACCCAGCUCAGCACAAGCCAGAGCCUCAACCACCACCCGGUCCAGCACCACCCAGACACCCACGGCAGCAGUACACAGAGGGACCCUGCCUCAGAGGGCCUCCACCUUCUCUCCCGGCAGGCCCAGCACACAGCACCGCAGACGGACACUAGCGACACUAUGAGAGGUGUGGAGACGGAGACGAAGGAGAGCCACCGAGCCACGCUGACGCCAGCGGGAGGAGAACCGACCAGCACGGAUGGCAGGGAGCAGGACGAGAGACCGCCACAGGCCCGACCCCUGACUCUGCUGGAUCCGGAGAUCCCGCCACGGAGGACAGAUGACGGCUGCUGCCAAGACACGAACGUAACUCAGCGGCAAACUUCGGAACAGUCUGGAAAAAGGGCCAAGUCUAACUCAAAGUUAAAGUUAGUUCGGAGCCUGGCGGUUUGUGAAGAGUCUUCUCCUCCCCCUAUUACUACUCUUCUGCCUCCAGAACCCAAGGAUGAAAUCGAGAUCCAGCUGUCCCAGUCGUUUGACAAAGAGGAGGCUCCGCCCAUAAAGAAUGAGGAGGAAAAAGGAGUGGAGAAGACUGAGAGGAUGGCCAGGAAGAUGUUGUCCAGAGAUUCCAGUCAGGAAUACACAGACUCUACUGGGAUUGAUCUCCAUGAGUUCUUAGUCAACACGCUGAAAAACAAUCCCAGGGACAGAAUGAUGCUGCUGAAGUUGGAACAGGACAUUCUGGACUUUAUCAGCAAUAACGAAAGCCAGAAGAGAAAGUUCCCUCCAAUGACCUCUUACCACAGAAUGCUGCUGCACCGUGUCGCCGCCUACUUCGGCCUGGACCACAACGUCGACCAAACCGGGAAAUCUGUAAUCAUCAACAAAACUAGCAAUACUAGAAUACCUGAUCAGAAGUUCUCAGAACACAUCAAAGACGACAAAACUGACGACUUCCAGAAGCGGUAUAUUCUUAAAAGGGACAACUCCGGCUCCGACAAAGAUGACAACUUGAUGAGGAUGCGGCUGAAGGAUGACCGGAGGAGUAAGUCCAUAGAGGAAAGAGAGGAGGAGUACCAGCGGGCCAGGGAAAGGAUAUUUGCUCAAGAUGGUCCAGAUGGCUUUGCCCUUGAAAAAAAGAUACAGGAAGAUGAGUCUUGUAACAACACACAGCAAAGGCGGCAAAUCUUUAGGUUAAAAGAUGGCCGCGCGACCAACAGUCGCCAGAACAGCUCUGAGAACGAGCCCAAGUACUCUGACCCUCGGCCGUGGAGCAGCACCGACUCGGACAGCUCCAACCGGAACCUGAAGCCAGCCAUGACCAAGGCCAGCAGCUUCAGCGGCAUCUCGGUCCUCAUUAGGGGGGACAGCUCAGGAAGCAGCAAGAGCAUGGGGCGCCUCUCUAAGGCUGGUUCUGAGUCUUCUGGUAGUGUAGGGUCCUCCACGGGUUCACUCUCUCGCUCCCAGCCACCCCUCCCCGUCCCGGCUUUAACCCAGGCUGGUCACCCCCACCACCACGCCGCCCCCCCCUGCCCGGUGGUCUACCCAGCCGUCUGCAGCACUAGUAGUACUGUGUCUUAUGAGGCGGCAGGCCGGAGCUGCCCGUUGCCGGCACCGCCAACCAACACGGCUAACGCUAGCUACUAUUUGCUUCCUCUGGAAGCCACAGGGAUACCGGCAGGGAGUAUCCUGGUCAACCCACACACAGGCCGUCCCUUCGUGAACCCGGACGGCAGCGCCGUGGUCUACAACCCCAACCACAGCCUGGCUCCUCCUCCUCAGCAUCAACAGCACCAUAAUCAGCAGGGCAGGACCCAGCAGCCCCCUCCCCCUCACCAGCCCACCAAUCACAACCACGUCCUCUCACAGCCGGUGCGACCCCUCCAGCCUUCUGCUCAGCCUCUCCAGUACUCAUCGGUGUCUUACCCUCCUCAGCUCCUCUCUGUCUCCCCUAAUCAACAAUACACUGUGCAAGACAACUUGGGGGCCCAGUUCAGCCACAUGAGUCUGGUCAGGCAGGCUUCUGGGGAUGGCCCAGGUCGGGACAAUCACACUGCCAUGUACCCCUCAUCCGUGGUUCUCCAACCUCCCCCGCAGCAGCAAGGAUACAUGGUGGCCCCCCCAGGCCAGCCUGUCCCUGCUCCACAGGCCUACAACGCUCCUGCCCCGCCACCAGUCAACCAGCCCCUCAUGCAGCAACAGGGCUACUUGCAGCAGCAACCCAUGCAGCAGAUACCAGCUUGUUACUGUGCGCCAGGCCAGUACCCUCUCUCCAACCAGCAGUACAGGCCGGUGGGCACCGUGCAGUACAACGCCCCGCAGAGUCAGCCAAUCCCUCCGCCCCCACAACAGACAGGUUACCAAACUGUGAUGCCAAAUCAGUCUCAUAGCUAUCCAAGUAUGAUAGGAGUGCAACAGCCACAGAGUCAGAACAUGGUCAGUGGCCAGCAUAAUAGUAUGGGAAAUCAGAUGCAAGGCAUGAUGGUCCAGUAUCCCUCCAUGCCAUCUUAUCAGGUAUCCAUGCAGCCCCAGGGUUCCCAGGGGACGGUACAGCAGACAUAUCAGCAGCCUAUCAUCAUGCCCAACCAGUCCAACCAGGGGCCCAUGCCUGGCUCCGGCGUCCAGGUCUACUACAGUGUCAUCACACCCAGUCAGCAGAACUCCAUGAGCUCCUCUGUGGGGUUCCUGCCUCCACCCGGCUCAGAGCCCAUGCAGUUCCCUCGGCCGCACUCCCCCUGCGGCUCCCAGCAGCCCCUCCAUCAAACACAGCAGAGCUCAGGCGUCCCUCCUCCCCCUGGCGGUGGGAUGGUAAUGAUGCAGCUAGCGUUGCCCCACGGCCAGCAGCCACGGCCUCACUCGCCCCCACAGUGGAAACACAGCAAGUACUACAGUCUGGAUCACACCAGAGGACAGAAAUCCACGGAGCUCUCCGCCCUGGACACCUCACAGAGCAGUCCCCAGCUGGGCAGCCCCUCCACCUCCCCUGCCCAGUCGCCAACCCCCUCCCACCCACAUCACCUGACCAAUGUGAAGAGCAUCCGUCCAGGCCUUGCCCCAGUACCCAUGAUGCCCCAGUUCUCUAGACCCUUUGUGCAAGGGCAAGGAGAAGUACGUUACCCAUUGCUAGGGCAGCCCCUCCAAUACAACCCCCAGAUCCGCCCUCCUCUCCUUCACGCUCCCCCCAUGGUCCCCAACCAUCAGGUUCCCAUGGGGAUCCGGCACGGUGGUGGAGGCAGUAGAGGGAGGAAGCAGCCAAGGAAAGCUCUGUCUACAGAUCUCAGUGUAGGUGAAUCAGUGAGUGGGCGAGUCCAGGAGGUGACUGACCCGACGAAGGGUAUCACCCAGGCUGGAGCGGAUCUUUUGCUUGGUGACCUCUCCAGAGUAGGGGCUGUGGUCCAGUGCCGCCCAGAGCACCACCGCAGGCACCAGGACCGGCAGUCUGGGGAGACUGGUGACCACCACCACGCCAAACCCCAGACCCGUGGCCAAGCCCAUGCCAACCCAACCUCUGCUUACACCACCGCGACCACCAUGCCCUCCAGGUACGCUGUGCCGGGCACGUUCCUUCGCAACAGCGGCCCCGGAGCCUCCUUCAAACUCACGAUGAACCGGGGUCCCGGCCAAGACCAAAGACACCCCCUGGAGAGGGCCUGUUCCCAGUAGAGAGCCCUGGCUUAACCUUUCAUCCCUGACCCCUCACCAGCACCGCCGGUCACUUCCUGUUGCCAUCCCUCGCCCCAUAUCCCCUCACUCACUCACUCUCUUUAACAAGUUGGUUUGAUGUAAAGGGUUGUGUUUCCACUUGAUUUGUAGAGACUAGGUUGGGGGGGUGGGGGUGUUGUACUUUGUAAUGUUCUUGCUAGAGAUUUGACAAAAAAAGAAGGAACCUUAACACUGAACCGACAUGAAUGAACAUCCAAAUACCAUGAUUAUUGAACUUCCAAAUAUUGUUAACCUGUCUGUUCUCUAUUUUGAGAACACGCCAGAACAUAUCAAAAGGGCAGCCUGUAUUUUUUAUUUGUUUUAUAGUUGUUGAAAUGUUGAGUCAGACCCAAAGCUUAGCUCUUGCUUUGAUCAUUACUCCCCCAGCUCAAUAGCAGUGUCUGGCCUGGUUCAGUUUAAUUCAACCAAAGCCACCCAACCCAUACAUUCGCGCCACACACACACACACACACACACACACACACACACACACACACACACACAAGGUAGCCGAUUAUCAGCCACCAACCACUUGCCCCAUAUUGUGGCCAGUACAUCAUGGAGUUGCCCUCAACUACAGAAUGGGUCUCUUGUUGUGCCUUUCUCGCUUUAUUCUCCAAGAAACACAAAAUGAAGACACCCCAGUCAGUGUCUAUUGUUAAAUAAAAGGACUGGCACCUUGUAAAUAAUUUAUAUAGUAGCUAAAUAAUUCAAUCAGUUUCUCUUCACAGUGAACAGCCUGAGUCUUGGUCACAGGCCGGCGCAGAUGAGAGCAGUGAAAAAAGAAAAGAAAAACUUGUUUGACACCCCUGGUUUUUAACUUAAUUUAAAAGUAGAGAUAAAAAUGACACUCCUGCUGCAACGGCGUAUUUUAGCAAUCCUCUGCUUGGAUGGCCUUUCUCCUACAAAGCCAACAGUGUCAAAUCUUUCAUUAGGUCUUUUAAAAUAAUAUACCUACUGGGUCACUGGAAAAAAAAAACUGUUUGCACAUUUAUACAUCUGAAUAUACUAUAUUAUAUCUAUAUUUUUCUUUUAUUUCUCAAAGAUCAAAAUGUGUGGAUUCUGAAAGGCUGUUCAAUGCUGGUGCAAGUCAUUUUUAUUUCAGUUUGAAACCAAUAAAUGUUUACACCAAAA